GUAUCCACUUGUGCUGAUAGCAAUGUACAACUUGUUCGAUCUGAUAUCAAGAUACAUUCCCCUAGGGGAAUGCCUCAAGAUAAAAUCUCGAAAGGGCCUUAUGAUUGCUACACUGUCUCGUUUCUUGCUCAUCCCUGCAUUCUACUUCACUGCAAAGUAUGGUGGUCAAGGAUGGAUGAUAAUGCUCACAUCUUUCUUGGGACUAACAAAUGGUUAUCUCACUGUUUGUGUCCUCACAGAAGCUCCAAAAGGUUACAAGGGACCUGAACAAAAUGCGUUGGGUAAUUUGCUAGUGUUAUUUCUUCUAGCUGGCAUAUUUUCAGGAGUUGCUCUUGAUUGGUUGUGGCUUAUUGGUAGUAAACAACAAUUUUAAAAGAUCAAGGCGGCGAACUGCCUCUUGAUCUUGAUGAAGAAAGACAGUUCAUCAUACUUGAUCAUUACUGAGAUUGUUUAAAUUGGAUAUGAAAGAGGACCAUGAAUCGUCGAAGAGUGAUCAUCAUCAUUUUAUUGUCAAGCAAAUCCAUUCCUUCACAGUGAAUAUUAUAUUGGUGCUUUAGAAUUUCACAGUUUGAUGUUUGUUUUUCACUUCUUUGUAAUGUAUUGAAAGGAUAGUUUUUAUAGGGUCAUGGUGAAAAAUAAAGAUCAAGAAUUUGAAGUGGUGGUUUA